GCCGGCCGGCGCCGGCGCAGUGUGGUCACCGCCGACACCGAGUCGGAGGAGGAGCGGCUGAUCCGUCAGCUCAGCUCGGACGAGGAGGAGGCGGAGCCGGGCGGCCGGCGCGCGCGGCGCCGGCCCUCGCUCCGCCAGCAGCACGGCGGCCGCUGCCGCAGACAGCCGCGCAAACGGUACGCCGAGCGCAGUGAGAGCGACAUGGAGGCUAGCGACGGCGAGCGGCGCGCCCGGCGGCACCCGAGCCCCCAGCGGCCGGCCAAACCGUCGCCCAGCAAAAUAGAACUGGUGCAGCAGGUGGGCGCCGUGUGCAUGUACUGCGACCUGCCCUCCUCGCGGCGUAACGAGCUGGCCGUGUGCCAGUCGUGUCCGAGCAUGUACCACCGUCGCUGCGCCAGCGCGGCCGGCCUCGUGGACGCCUGGCAGUGCCGCCAGUGUGUGCUGCCUGCCGAGCACCGCGCCCGUCCCAUCCGACCGCGCAUCAGCCAGGAUUUCGAGUAUGAAGAGUGAGGAGAUAGACGCUGUUAGAAUAUUUUCGUACUGUUGUACAGGCCGGCCGGGGCGACCGACGGGCUGUGUUGACGUCGGCUCGGUGGCGGUGAGUGGGGCCGGGCACGGCGCCCCCCCCCCCCCCCUCCCUCCCCUCGCCCGCGCCCCACUUCCACACAGUGACUGGCGGAGGCCGAGGGAGGGGCACUCCGGUCACCGAGUGUGCGCUUUUUCGCGGACUGUGAGCGAGUGAGCGCGUUGUUUUGAGCCCAGCGGGGCGCGACCGGUCGUUGGCGAAGAGAGCGACAGUGAGCCGCGGGUGGGCGUCCCGUCGCGACUCCGGUCGUCUGUUGUACGCUAGUAUUAGCUGCGCCGCGCGCCCGCGCGCGCCUGUGCUCGUUGCCGGUCAUUCCUUUUAGCGUAGUCGGCUGUGGCGGCGCGUCGGCCGCCGUAACUCGAAGGCGACCCCAGUACCUGCUCCCCUGGCGGCGGGCCGCCGCCGCGUAGUCGGUGUUCGGCCUAUUUAAAUGAUGUUUCUGAUGCUCGAGAAAAAAUAUAUGACUUCUACUUCCC